AGGGUUAAACUCAGUGACACACUGACACUGACAAAACACACACGUUGACCGUUGACUUUCCUCCUUUUUCUUCUUCAUAAACUGAGGCUAGGAUGGCGUCUGAAGCUGCUGCCCUUCUUGAUCAGUUAAUGGGAAGGAACAGGAACGUGACGGGAGAUGAUGCUGUUAAGGAAGAACAUUUUUCUGAUCCAGAGGUUUGUAAGCAUUUCUUGUGUGGUUUUUGUCCUUCGAAGCUCUUUAUUAACACUCGAUCUGAUAUUGGUAUUUGUGAUAAAUUGCAUGACGACCAUUUCAAAGAAGCUUAUGACGCAAGUAAUGAGAAAUGGCAGAGAGGGUAUGAAGAACGCUUUAUUGAGUAUCUUGAGAAACUCAUCAGAGAUCUUGACAAGAGAGUGCAGCGAGGAAAAGAAAGAUUACAAAGGAGUGAAGAUGCAAAUACUAAUGCUUUUGAUAAGAAGGAUAGCAUGCUGUACAGUGAAAAGCUGAAGACUCUUGGAGAGAAGAUAGCAGAAUUGAUUGAGGAGUCUGAGGAGUUAGGGGCCCAAGGUAAUGUUGAAGAAGCCCAGCAAUUGAUAUCAAAAGUGGAGGAGCUGGAGAAGGAGAAGGAAAGAGAGAGAGCCCAGUUGAUGAGUUGGUCACUCAUCCCUUCAACUGUGGCUGGAUUUGAAGUGGAUCCAGGCAAUUUCCACGAAAAGAAUGAAAUCUGUGACGUAUGCGGUUGCUUCUUAAUCAUUGGCGACUCUCAAGCAAGGAUUGAUGCACACCUGAUGGGGAAACAGCACAUGGGAUACGCUAGAAUACGUAACACACUCUCAGAAAUGAAGGUGGAAAGAGAGAAACAGAACAAGAAAAGAAUGGAAGAGCAAGAGGCUCGCAGAGAAAAAGAGAGGGACCACUCUAGGGAGGACUCGAGGAGAUCCAGUCAAUCCGAUCGCUACCGUGGACGAAGGAACAGCUACCAAAGUUGGCAGAAUAGGUCGAGGGAUAGGAGGAGGCGGAGUCGCAGCCGAUCGCACGAGAGGAAAAGACGAAGUAGGAGCAGGUCACGCGAUCGGAGGAGACGAAACAGAAGCCGCUCGCGUGAUCGGAAAAACCGAAGUAGAAGUCGGUCUCAAGAGAGGAGAAAUCGAAGCCAUAGCCGUAGUCGCUCACGUGAUAGGAAGAAGAGGAGUCGUAGUAGGUCACAUGAGAGGAAAAACCGAAGCCGGAGCAGAUCAAGGGAUCGUAAGAGGCGAAGUAGGAGCAGAUCACGGGAUAGGAAGAAGCGCAACCGAAGCCGAUCACACGAGAGGAAGAAGAGGAGCAGGAGUAGGUCUAAGGAGAGACUUGAAGAGAACUCUGACAGCAAUCAUGUGAAUGAGAAUAAAGACUGAACCUUGUAUUAACUACUUAUUCAUAAUACAUGCAUGCACAAACUCUUUCUCACACACACACACACACACACACACACACACACACACACACACAUAUUUUAGGUUAUUUUUUGUCCUUUUACAAAAAACACUUAAAAAAUUUAA